GACCCUCUUCCAGUGUUGAUGCCAUUUCUGAGAGCAAGAGAAGGGUUCUCUCUUAGGGUUAGGGUCUCAGACUCUCUCUCCCAAAUUACCAGUAACCAUGUCGCUAAACCCACCCGCGGGUUACGGCACCGUCACCGGCGGUCAAACCUCGACCUCCCAAACCGUGUACCCCACGCGCCGCCCAUGGUCCGAGCUUUUCUCCCCCGCCGCCUUCUCCGUCCCCUACAGCUACGCCGACGCCAUGAGCCGCGUGAAGCACAACCUCAGCUACUUCCGUCUCAACUACGCCGUGGUCGUGCUCUUCAUCGUCUUCCUCAGCCUCCUAUGGCACCCGGUCUCCAUGAUCGUCUUCUUGAUCAUCCUCAUCUACUGGAUCUUCGGUUACUUCUCACGCGCCCCCGGCCCCGUCGUCCUUUUCAACCGGAGCUUCGACGACGGCGCCGUCCUCUUCGCCCUCAGCCUCCUCACCGUGGUGGCGCUUGUGCUCACGCGCGUGGGGCUGAACGUGCUGGUCUCUCUGGUCGUCGCCGUGGUCGUUGUGGGCCUCCACGCCGCGUUUCGGGUCACAGAAGACCUGUAUUCCGAUCCGGAGAGCGCUGCUGAUGGUGGGUUGGUUUCCGUUGUUGGAUCGGAGCCGUCGCGCCCGGCCCACACCCGGUUUUGAGUUACUAAUUUUGUUUUUCUCAUGUGAUUGAAAUUUUGAGUUACCAAGCUUGUAAUGGUAGACAUGGAUUUCUUAAUACAAUAGCCAAAAUUUGUUCCUUCACUAAA